AUUUGUCGUAGGACUGUGGAGUGUGCCGGUGGAGUGUGGCGAAAGAAGUGUUCGGAAAAUUUUGAACUUGAACGAUGCCGAGACCUCGAAGCGAAGGCAAUUUGCCUGAAGUAACAAAGGCGACAAGGGCGACGACAACGACCGUAAGGAGGGCGAGGGCGGCGAUGGCAUCGACAUCGACAUCGCCAUCAACAUCACCAUCACCAUCAAUAACGUCGUCGUUACCCCUAGCGGUGGCGUCGUCCAGGAGAGUGUCCACGGCGACGUCACCGCUAGUGAUAGCAUCGUCCAACAAAGUGUCAACGGCGACGUCGAUGGAUAAAGAUACGGCGACAGCGGAAACGGCGACAGCGGAAACGGCGACGGCGGUAACGGCGACGGCGGUAACGGCGACGGCAAGACCAACCUCAACGAGGCAAGUAAAAAAGCGUAUAAAUGCAGCGGUAAAACAGGCGGUGAACCGCGAGAGACGACGAAAGAUACAGGCAAGAUACAGGCCUGCAUCAUCCGUAUAUGUGCCAACACAAUAUGUGCACACAUCGCCCGCACCGUCUCUGUAUAUGGCCGCAUCGCCAGCAUCGGUAUAUAUACCCGCACCAUCCGCACCGCUCGCCCCAUCAACACAAUUAGGAUACGGGCCGGCACCAUAUGGAUAUGUGCCCGCACCAUCCGCACCGCCCGUACUACCUACACAAGUUGGAUACGAGCCGGCACCGUAUAGAUAUGUGCCCGCACCACCCGCACCGCCUGCACCAUCAGUACAAUUAGGAUACGGGCCGGCACUGUAUGGAUAUGUGCCCGCAUCAUCCACACCACCUGCAUCGUCCGCCCCAUCAGGACAAUUAGGAUACGGGUUGGUAUCAUAUGGAUAUAUGCCCGCACCAUCAGGACCGCCUGCACCACCUACACAAGUUAGAUACGGGCCGGCACCACCCGGAUAUGCGCCCGCGCCAGGAUACAUAUAAUAAUAUAUAAUAAAAAGAGUGUAGGGGAUUAGGAACCAUGCAAGAAAAUUUAUUUGAUUUUCUGUGUAGUCACAUUAAUGAAUUUCUAUUGUCACAUCGAAUUAUACGUGAUAAACGUUUCGAUGUUUAGAUCAUCUUCAGUAUUGGUAAAAAGUCAAGUAAUAACUUUGAAAUUGUGACGGAUGUGCGAUUUGAAAACUUAUUGUAUGAUUGAAUACAGUAUUUAGCCAACCAUGCGAUAAGUUUUCAAAUCACACAUCUGUCAAAAUUUCAAAGUUAUCACUUGAUUUCUUACCAAUAUUGAAGAUGAUCUAAACAUCGAAACGUUUAUCACAUAUAAUUCGAUGUGACAAUAGAAUGUGACUACACAGAAAAUCAAAUAAAUUUGCUAUAAUUCUGGUGUGGCUCUCUCCUACACUCUCGAUUUUGAUUUUUUACUUUGAUUUUGAUUUAAUAUUAAUUUAU